AUGGAGUUUCUGUCCCGAUCCUGGAGUCUGACUACUUCUGAGAUCGCCAAAGCACUUGCACUCAAACAUAGAAAACAACAAGAUCAUUUUUGUGCUGCUGCCCAGAACAAAACUCCUCCUCUUCUCUUCCCUCUGCUGCAGAUCAGCUCAUGGUACCACACUGUUUACCCCAUUUUCUCAAUUCCGAUCAUUAAAGUUGGAGACUUUUCAUUCGUAUCUGACCAUGUCACCAGUUCUGAUCUUGAUCAUUUUAAACUCUGGGAUAUUGAUUUUAGGCAGGGAAGAUCAUGA